AUGUUAGAGCCAAAAGCAUCUGAAGCCGCGAUUUCAGCAAUUGCUGCGCUACAGCAGCGCAUCAGAGAUUUAGAAAAAGAAAGGGAACAACUUUUAAAGGAAAAAGAUCAUUUUGAAAAGCAUGGAUUUGAAAAUAUCAUGAGAAUUUCAGAAAGAGAAAUGCGAUGUGAUCAAGCACAAGUUGUCGGAAAUGAUAUUAUCAAUUAUGUCAAUCGAAUCCAAACAGACGUUCAAAAUGCAAAAAAGAAAAAUCGCGAGUUGAAAGAAUUAUUAUUCAAUAUGGAAGCUGCUUUUCCUGAACUUUCUGGGAAUGUUAAAUACUCACUUCGUUGCAAACAAGAAAUCAAAGAAAAUUCUUAUCUUGCUACAGACACUCUUAAUGACUAUCAGAUACUCUUAAGAGAUAUUAUAAGAAUAGAGCCAAUCAAUAUUAAUGAUAAUAUUCGCACUAAAUUAGAUAUUAUUGAUUUUUCAAAGAUUCAAAUACCAGAUUUUGUAGAACCGAUUAUAGAAGAACUUCAGAGCUGUCCCAAAAAUUUCAAAAAAAUUUCCACAAAGAAACAAUUCAAAAAUGUACAACAUAUUUUUAAGGCACGUGAUUGUAUCAGAUACAUCACAAAUAGAAUUACAUUUUUAUCAGAAAAUGCUGUUGUUACAAAGCGUUUUAAUAUGUAUGACGGAGAAAUCUUUGAACUUUACAAAGGAUACGCCGAAUUAUACAAAGAAUACAAAAAAUUCAAAGUGUAA